AGACUAGCUGAGGGAGAAAUAUUAUAUUUAUCAUGGGGAACACAGAUACAAAGCUAAAUUUUAGGAAAGCAGUGAUUCAACUUACUACAAAGACACAGCCCAUUGAAGCAAAUGACGAGGCAUUUUGGGAACAGUUUUGGUCAGAAAGUGUCACAUGUGUCCAAGAUGUAUUUACACUAAUCCCUGCUGCAGAAAUUAGGGCAUUGAGGGAAGAAUCUCCAUCAAAUCUAGCCACACUUUGUUAUAAAGCUGUUGAGAAAUUAGUAGCUGCUGCAGAGAGUGGGUGUCCAUCUCAGAGAGAACAACAAACAGUUUUAAAUUGUGUGAGACUUCUGACCCGCAUUUUACCUUACAUAUUUGAGGACCCUGACUGGAGGGGAUUUUUCUGGUCUACACUACCAAAUCAGUCUGAGGAAUCUGAGAUUGAAAGCUCACCACUUGCACAGUCUUUACUAAAUGCAUUAUGUGAUCUCCUGUUUUGCCCAGACUUCACAGUUCAAUCUAACAGAAAGUCAGGACCAGACAACCCUGAGGACAUGGGCUCUAUAGACAGUUGUGAAUACAUCUGGGAGGCAGGGGUGGGAUUUGCCCACUCCCCUCCCCACAAUCUUCAUCAUGAUCAGCACAGAACAGAGAUUAUCAAACUGUUUCUUACCUGUUUCUCUGAAACAAUGUAUUUACCACCAAUAGCUGAUGCCCACACAGUUCCAAAUCAGUGGAUUCAAUAUUUCACAUCAACAGACAACAGACACGCUCUCCCAUUGUUCACAUCCCUCCUCAAUAUUGUCUGUGCCUAUGAUCCUGUGGGUUAUGGCGUGCCAUACAAUCAUCUCAUGUUCACCGACUCACGAGAACAGCUGGUAGAGGGCGCCCUUCAAGUGUUGUGUGUUACCAUGGAAAAUGAGUCAUCCAAUCAUAAUGUGUCGGUGGAUGGGACCUCUGGAGGCACUGCUAUGGAUGCUCAGAGUGAUACUGGAGGUCCAGAUAAUUUAUUUGUAAACUAUCUAUCCAGAAUCCACAGAGAAGAGGAUUUUGCCUUUAUACUAAGGGGAAUAACUCGUCUACUGAAUAAUCCACUCACUCAGACUUAUUUACCAGGCUCCUGCAAAAAAAUUCAGUUUCAUCAAGAGUUACUUGUCUUGUUCUGGAAAAUGUGUGAUAUUAAUAAGAAAUUCAUGUUUUAUGUGCUGAAGAGCAGUGAUGUGUUAGAUGUGCUGGUCCCCAUUCUGUACUUCCUAAAUGAUGCCAGGGCAGACCAGUCUCGAGUUGGUCUGAUGCACAUUGGAGUAUUUAUCCUACUCUUACUCAGUGGAGAGCGAAACUUUGGAGUCCGGUUAAACAAACCUUACUCAGUGCGAGUUCCUAUGGAUAUACCAGUGUUCACAGGAACCCAUGCUGAUUUCCUCAUUAUUGUUUUCCAUAAGAUCAUUACCACUGGACAUCAGAGAUUACAGCCACUUUUUGAUUGUCUUCUGACCAUUAUUGUCAAUGUUUCCCCAUAUUUGAAAACUUUGUCAAUGGUAGCCAGCACCAAACUACUGCACCUGUUGGAGGCUUUCAGCACACCCUGGUUCCUCUAUGCCAGCCCAACAAAUCAUCACCUGGUUUUCUUCCUUCUGGAAGUUUUCAACAACAUUAUACAGUACCAAUUUGAUGGCAACUGCAAUCUUGUAUACACAAUCAUAAGAAAAAGAAAUGUAUUUCAUCAGCUGGCAAACUUGCCUACUGAACAUGCCACCAUAGCAAAGGCUCUCAGCAAGAGGGGAAAGAAGUUUGUUCAACUGACCCCUGAGAGUGGGAAAGAUCUCCCCACUAUGGAGGGGGCUAUACCUGCCAUGGAGGCAGAGCCAGGGACCCUCAAGACAACAUUAGCUGCCACACCCAUUAAACUUAGACCAGAGCUAAAAAGACUGGAUAAGAUGACAGAAAAAGCAGCACCGGAUGAUGGUCACUCAGAGCUCACACUGAAAGAGCUGGCUACCUCCACAGGCAAUAUCAAUAUCCAGCCUCCCUCUGAAAUCCAGGACCCAGACUCCCCGGAACACAAAAAUCCCAAGACAAAGUCAUCCAGAUCUGUUCCUAAUUCCCCACCAGCAAGUCCCACAGGGUCAGAGACAGCAGCCCGGCCACCACUUGCCAGGACCUCCUCCACAUCAAGCUCUGGGGGAUCCUGGGUGGCCACACCAGAAUGGGUCCAAUCUUGGAAACAGAAGCUGCCUCUCCAGACCAUUAUGAGAAUGCUGCAGGUGCUUGUACCACAAGUCGAGAAGAUCUGUAUAGACAAAGGAUUGACGGAUGAGAGUGAGAUCCUCAAGUUUCUCCAGCAUGGAACAUUGGUGGGGCUACUCCCAGUACCACACCCCAUCCUAAUAAGGAAGUACCAAGCAAACAGUGGCACCACCAUGUGGUUCCGUACCUACUUGUGGGGAGUCAUAUAUCUCAGAAAUGUUGACCCACCAAUAUGGUAUGAUACAAAUGUUAAACUGUUUGAGAUCCAGCGCAUAUAAGUGUUACAAAAGGAAGAAAAAAAUCUGAUCAAAAAGAAAAACUUUGCCAAAAGGAGUUGGUUUUAAGGGUCACAAAGCAUAUUGACCGCUAAAGAUCUGUAAUAGCCAAUCAUGGCAUUAUUCUAAAUGUAGUGUGUAACAAUAUUGUGACAUAUAAUAUCUACAUGCAUGCUUCUUUCUCAGA